AGAGAGGGAGAGAGACUUACACAAAGAGAAAGUGAGAGGAGGAGUGCAGUUAGAGGAGAGGGGCUAAACAGAAACAGACUGCUGUUUGUGGACUACUGCGUGACAUGGGAGGUCUGUAGAACAUCUUAGAGGAGAUCGGAACUUGAGCUCUAUUUUACUACUAUAACUCCAGGGGCAAAGCAGAGAAGAAAGAGGAAAUGAAGAACUUGUCAGUAGAAGUCGGGGUCUCUCAGCGGAAAGGAGAUAAAGUAACUCGACCCAAAGUCUGGCUAAAGAACAAAUUUGUUCGAGUGGGACUUGCUGAAUGUCUUUGCACGUAUGUCAUGAUGGCGUUCGGCCUGGGGUCUGUGGCCCAGGUAGUGACAGGACAGGGAGCGUUCGGAGAGUACCUCAGCAUCAACCUGGGUUUUGCACUGGGUGUCACUAUGGGGGCGCAUGUCGGAGGGAAAGUCUCAGGGGCACAUAUGAACGCUGCGGUGUCGAUCACAAUGUGCACGUAUGGUCGCCUUGCAUGGAGGAUGUUGCCUGUGUAUGUUUUUGCACAGCUGUUGGGAUCAUUUCUGGCAGCAGGGACAAUUUAUGCUGUCUAUUAUGAUGCUAUACUUGAGUAUUCUGGAGGAAACCUGACAGUGACUGGGGAAAGGGCCACCGCUGGUAUCUUUGCCACAUAUCCAGCACCAUACCUCUCUGUGAUGUCUGGAUUCAUUGACCAGGUGUUUGGCACGGCCAUGCUGCUACUGUGCCUGAUGGCUCUGUCCGACCACAGGAACAAGCCGGCCCCAGCAGGUGGCGAGCCAGCCGCGGUGGGACUCCUGGUGCUGCUCAUCGGCAUUUCUCUGGGCAGCAACAGCGGCUACGCCAUCAACCCCAACAGAGACAUCGCACCCAGGGUCUUCAGUGCCAUAGCAGGCUGGGGAACUGAUGUGUUCAGGGCUGGAAAUGGGUGGUGGUGGGUGCCGCUAGUUGCUCCCCCCAUUGGAGGGGUGCUGGGUGCAGGGAUCUACAAGGCCUUGGUGGAAUUGCACCACCCACACGUGGAUGAACUGGGUGAGGGGUUGCUGGAGGAGUUAAAGGACACUGUUCAUAAAAACAAUAGUGAAAACGCAAUUGUGUAAGAAACUCAGCUAUGUUAAAGGCAUGUGUAGCAUAGCUGUGUGGAUAUCUGUGAAUAGGAGAAAUGUUCCGUGGUUAUUGGAAUUUAAAAAAAAGAGGCCAAAAAUGAAAUACUUUGUCAAAAGACGGAACAAAUUCAUUUUGAAUGUAUCAAGCAAUUUUAAAAUUCAGUCAGUUUUAUGAGAUUACAUUUAUCAUAACCAGAUACUGUAAACAAU